GGAUGAACACGAAUCACACAAAAGACGUUAGAGGAAACAAAGUAACUGAACAAAGUUUAUGGAAAUAUGAUGUUGCUCGGUAGAAGUGAUGGAUGCAAUAGACUCUAUUGACCCGUACAGCCGACCAGCGCGCAGGACACAAUGGAUAGUCAGCACUCUGGCUUACCAUUACGGACUGGACCGAGGAGUGGAGAACGAAAUCAUAGUUUUGGCAACCGGAUUGGAUCAGUACCUCCAGGAGAUUUUCCAUCAUAUCGACUAUCAAGGUGGAGGUAAGAUUCCAGUGGAGGAUUUUAACAUCUUGUGUGAAGUUUUAGGACUGAACAAAGACUCAGAGGACACAGAAUGCGCUGGACUUCUGGACACUUUACCCAGCGAGCUCACCUUCAGACACUUCCACGCCAAACUGUGCGGAUACUUCAGCACCAAGGCGGGCUGUCAGUAUGAGAACGGCCGGCUGCUGGUGGGGAAGGACAGCGAGCACAUAGAGACUCAGAUCCGCCUGAGAAGCCCUCUGAGGCGGCGAGAGAAGCUGCUGUCUGUGGGUGUGAGCGAGAGCUCCUGUUCCUCCACGGAGGGACGGCACGCCUCCGGCUGCAGGCUUGGAUCCUGCACCAAAGAGUGCUAUGAGGAGAUAGUUGCACUGGAGGAAGCAGAGGACCGGAUAGCCAAACUUGAGGAUGAGAAUGCAAGUUUGAGGGAGCUGAUUGAGGACAUGAGAGCUGCACUUCAGAGCAGUGAUGCUCGCUGUUUGGCUCUGCAGGUAGGGCUAUGGAAAAGCCACUCCAAACACAAACCAGAGGAUGGCUGUUUUGUUGCCCAGCAGAAACAACCUCCCCCGAAAAGUAUCGUCAACACUAACAUGCAAAGCAGCAACUACAGCAACCUGAAGAGUCUGCAGAACCUUGUCCAAGAGAUCGAGCUUCUGCAGAACUCCAGAGACAAACAGGUAGAAGAGGCCAUGUUGUGUAAUCAGAGACUAGAGAAGGAGCUGUGGAGCUCUAAAGAGACUGUGGCAGCUCUGGAGGAAUGCAACCAGGCCUUGAAGAGGGAGCAGGUGGGCAUGAGGAGGAAGGUGGAGGAGGCCAGACAGGCACUGCUCAAUGGAUUGAGUAAGGUGAAGGAACUGGAGGCCAAAGCCAAUCAUGUUCCAGCUCUGCAGAGACACAUCCUCCAGCUGGAAUCAGAGCUUCUAUACUACAGGUCAGAGGUGACCAAACUACAACUUCCAAGCAGCACCGGGGCAGAGCUGACGCUGGGUGUUGGCAGCAGGCCGAGCCAAAGGUGUUGCUCAGACUCUCAACAUGACCGCUGUUCUCCAACAGGACGAGCUGUGACGACCCCGGAUAAGAUGGAGGAGCAGCUUUUUCGUUCGGUGGAGGGCCAGGCAGCCUCUGACGAAGAGGAGGACAAAUGGACCGAAGAUCAGCAGAGGCAGGUUGCAGAAGUGAAGAAGAUCCUGACCCGGCUGUCCUGCUGUGGGGAAAGGUGUGACGACAAAGCAUUCAAGAAGCUGAUGUCUAAUUUUGGGAGCUCGAGGAGCGAGGAGAGCUGCAGCGCAGUGUUGGAGCUUCUGGAGAGAGUGACCAGGUUACAUAAGCAGCUGGAGCUGAAGGAGAGCCAGGCAGAGAUUGACAUGGACCAGAUGAAGGACUCUCUGUUACAGGAGCUGCAGCAGAAGGCAGAAGAGUCUGAACUACUUCAGAUGGAGCUGCAGAUGCUUGAGACAGAGAGGGUUCGGCUGUCACUGGUAGAGGAGAAACUCGUGGAUAUCCUUCAACUCCUCCAGCAGCUCAGAGACCUGAACGUCUCAAGAAGGUCCCUUGGGAAGAUCUUGCUCAGCACUUUGGAGUCUUGUAGCGACCCACAACAUGGGAAAGCCCACAUUCUGGAGGUGCUUAAUGCUCUCUAUCAUGAACUGGCUGCCUGUGAGAUUCUGUCUACUGGUGGCCCUUUGGAGAGAACACCGAGUCAGCAGUCUCUGAACGCUCUCAUCAUCUCCUGCUGAACGGGACUGCCUCCUGCUGGGCUAACUAUGAACCAGCAGCCUUUUAAGAGGACACUGAAAGUUUAACAGUGCUCAUAAAACAAGCUGUUUUCUGUGUAUAGUGUAUCAUAUUUCUCUUAUACUCCUCAGGCCCUAUUAUCUACAAGGGAUGUUAGUCUAGAAUGUUAAUUAAUGCAGUAAUAAGGCUUUUUUACAUAUAAAGGAAAUUCUUAUGUAUUUUUUUAUGAUCAUAUAUUGCACAUAAUGCCUUGAUGUUUUAAUAUGGAUUUUUUUUUUCCAGUGCAGAGUCCUGAAUGUGAACAUGUUGAAUUAAGCUAACCCUUAUGUCAUUACUAAUCUGUGAAAUGUAUCUGGAUGAAAACAUCCCUAUGAAAGAAAUUUAGCUUAUUUUGUUCCAGGUACCUUAUAGAAACAGGCCUACAUUUCAGAUUCAGAUGUGUCAUGCAGACAAGUGCAGGUGACAUUUGGCCAAAUUUUUACACUAACUGAUCUUCUACAUGCCUCACUGCUGAGACACGAUGUAUUCAGGUAAUUCUCUGACAUCUGUAUCACCUUCCAGAGCUCAUACUGAAUACAAAAUAAAUAUGGGAGCUGUCUAAAGUCACCUACAUGAAAGGAAAAAAACAUGGGGGCCUCUGAAAAGCAAAUUUCUGGUGCUAGAGUCAGGUCUUUUCUUUUUCUUUUUGACA